AUGCCCCCAACAUACCCCCGCCCCGACUUCCUCCGCAAAUCCCUAACCUGGGCCUCCCUCAACGGCCCCUGGUCCUUCACCUUCGACGACACCAACACCGGUCUCUCCCAGAACUGGCCAUCCACGGGUCUCCCCCCAACGCACUCAACCCAAAUCACCGUCCCCUACGCCUUCCAAACCCCCGCCUCGGGAAUAAACCUACAAGAAGCCCACGAAGUCAUCUGGUACGAGCGGCGCAUCAAGGACAUCCGCACCGAGCACGACCGCACAGCAGGGAACCGUCUCCUCCUCCGCUUCGGCGCCGUCGACUACGAAGCUGAGGUCUGGGUUGACGGGGUUUCUGUCGCGACACACCGGGGCGGAUACGUGCCCUUUGACGUGGACAUAUCGGAUUCUAUCUCUGCGCCCGGCGGUGAAGCCCGCGUGACGCUGCGUGUUCGCGACUCCCCGACGGAUCUUACACAGCCCCGCGGGAAGCAGUACUGGGGCCCUGUGCCGGAGAGUAUCUUCUAUACGCCGACGAGCGGGAUCUGGCAGAAUGUUUGGGUGGAGGUUGUGCCGGGUGUGAGGAUUCGGGAUAGUAGUGGGGGGACGGUGUUGAGGGGGGAUGAUAUCGAGAGUGGGAAGUUGAGGGGGGAGAUUGCUGUUUCACAGCCUGGUAGCGGGGGAUAUACUAUUACUGUUACAACAGCAUUGGCUGGGGCUGUGGUUGGGAAGGCGAAGGUUGAUAUUCCGGUAAAUCAGGUAUCCGGCGCCUUUGAGGUGGAUGUGCGUGUUGCUGAGGGCGCUGUUCCGAAGGAGGGCAUCUUUGCUGGUGAAGGGGUGUGGUAUAAUGGCGUCGCACUGUGGGCGCCUGAGCAUCCGGUUCUGUAUGAUGUUGUUCUGCAACUGGCUGGUCCGGAUGGAACUGUAGUCGACGAGGUGCAGACGACUGUUGGCAUGCGAAGCGUCACCUGGGAGAAUGGGGAUGGCACAUUCCGACUGAAUGGCAAGCCGUACUUCCAGAUGCUCUGUCUAGACCAGGGAUACUGGCCUGAGACAGGCCUGACUCCUCCAUCCGCAGAGGCAUUGAAGGAGGAUAUCAUCCUUGCGAAGAACAUGGGCCUUAACGGGUGCAGAAAGCACCAGAAGGUCGAAGACCCGGCCUUCCUUUACUAUGCAGACCGACUCGGAUAUCUGGUCUGGGGCGAAAUUGGAAACGCGUACGAGUUCAGCACAGACUACAUCGACAGAUUCAACGACGAGUGGGCGCAGGUCGUCCAGCGCGACCGAAACCAUCCGAGUGUCGUUGUCUGGACUCCGGUGAAUGAGAGCUGGGCGUACAAGAACCUGAAGGACAACGCGCAGGAACGCAGCCAUAUCCGGUCCCUCUACAAGACCACCAAAUCCCUCGAUCCCUCUCGCCCUAUCAACGACAACUGCGGCUGGGAGCACGUCCAGACAGACCUGACAACAUAUCACGACUACAGCGACUCCGCAGAACUCGCCACCAUCUGCUCCAAGAUGGAAGGCGGAAUUCUUUCACGGAAGCUCAACGGCGAGAUGUUCCUGGAUCCAAUCACCCAAGGCUCGACGGUCACCGAUCCCGGCUCGAAACAUAAGCCCGGCGCCCCAGUGAUCUGCUCGGAGAUGGGCGGCGUCAAUAUCGCCCCGGCAAAAGGGGCUCAGGCGUCCUCCCGGGAUUGGGGAUAUACGACGGCCGCCGAUCCGAACGAUUUGCUUGCUCGGUUGGAGAAGUUGUUUAUGGCUGUCGUCAAGGGCGGACAUUCGUGUGGAUUUGUUUAUACUCAGCUGUCCGAUAUUGAACAAGAAGUAAACGGGCUGUACUCGUAUGACCGGAGGGAGAAGGUUCCUGCUGCCAGAGUCAAGGCGCUCAUGGACGCAGCGGCGGAUUAUUACUACAAGAAGGUUGCACCUGCAUCCUGA